CUGAAACAAAUAAGUGUGUGUUGUUUCAGAAUGAAAACGGUGGCAAUAAUCAUUUACUUAAAGGGAACAAUUAACAAUGUCAAGAUGCUUCAAUGUGGGACAUUGCAGGGAGCAUAAAAAAAGAGCCAAUCAGAACACAAGUAUAGUCUUAGCGCGGCUUUAAACUGUCGAUAUGUCGUCUAUCAAGUUGCCGAAGUCUUGUGCUCAUGCGAUCUGUGAUAUUAUCAGCUGCUUUCGUUAAUAAAUGCAAGUGGAUUAUAUGUAUUGAGUUUUAGCUCACUUUUUGUUUUGUUCCUUUUUCUCCUAGGUUAUCUCAUUUGCUGCUCCUAACACUCCACCACCAUACAAGUUACCUCCAGACUAGAUACACACUUACCAAGGGCUAAACGUUACAACUGCCUGUAGUGUUUUGGUGUUUGUGUUGGUUAUGUCUUCAGGUUGUUGUUCAGAUGAUCAGGAUGAUGGGGACGAAGAUUCCGACUCUUCCAUUCAUAGUGCAAUUCAUAAUGAUAGGGAAACACCCAGUUCCCUCUAUAGUAAAUGUAUAAAUGAAUCGAAUCGACAUAACCCGCUAAGAUCACAAACAUACUUCGAGAAGAGAAUAUAUAAAGCUUAGAAUGGUCACUUUUGGAAGGGCUGAAUGCUGUUAGUGGUUUAGGAUCAUUUAUCCUAACAAUCAUGCGGUGGCGAAUUUAGAUCUUUAUUUGUUCACUUAAAUCGCACUGAGAGUCCUCCAUCGAAAACAUUUGUAGGAAAUCUCUGAUCGUCUUAUUUAGAGCCCGAACUAAUUUGCUGAACUGUGCAUUUUCACAUGAAAAUGAUCGUCAAAAUAUCUAGAGAAGAAGCCGAUUUGUGUAAUGCAUUCACAAAAUGCAUACGUCACGAUUCUGGGUACAAUGGUUUCUAUCUACAACCGAUGCACAAGUGUAGCUCCUCAACACAUAUAUCAGUUGUACCAUUCGAACUGCUUCUGAGGAUAAUUCGAUGGGCUAUUGGCAGCCAUCUAAAUAUACGUGUUCUAGGUGUUUUAUCUUGUGUAUGUCGUGGUUUCUAUCUGUUGGCUAAUGAUAAUUCAAUAUGGAGAGAUAUUUGUUUCAAAUUAUGGCCAGUGUGGCUAACAUAUAACAAUAAUAAUAUCGGUUGUAAUAAUCAACUUAGUUAUUUAUCCUCAAUGAAUUAUACUUCAUGGCGUGAAAUGGCUAUCUAUCGACCACAAGUUUUAUAUCAUGGAUGUUAUCUUUGUCGUGUAACCUAUGUGAGAACAGGAGAACCGGAAAUAGGCUCUUCUUAUAAACCUGUAUUUAAAGUUGUCUAUUAUCGUGGUAUACGUUUUCAUGUUUCAUCAAAUCAAAUCAGCAUGUUCACUGCACCAUCAGAUCCAUCUUCAAUUGUGGCAGUUUUAAGUAAAUCACAUCAGUCUUUGUCAUCAUCUAUGGAUGUCAGUUUAGUUGGGAAUAAUAACAAUAAUAAUUCCAAUUCCGAAGCAGUUAUGAAAACAGCUGUUUCUGGUACAUUAUUGAAGGGAACGUAUGAAUGGUAUGAUCAUGAUUCUAUUGUGUGCACUUUACAUCAAUUUCCUGAUAAACAAAAUCGACCCUCAAUACGGAGACGCCAACACUUGGGUCCUGUCAUUCCACAGUUAACUGUUACGUUUACAAUAGUAAGUUUGUGUAUCAUUUUUUGUAAGAAAAAUACAGUUGAAGGUCUGCGUAGUAUAUGUUGUUAUUCGGUUUUAAGUCAUCACCUGAUGUAUGGUUGGUAGUUCACAUCGAAGUAGAUAAGGCUAUGUUAAGUAUCCAAACCUACAACUUAAUGAUUGUGAAAGCUAAUUGGCUACUAAGUUCUCCCUCAUAUUUUAGGGUUGUACAAAGUUUAUAUAAUUAACUAUAAUCAUUUCCUGCAAGUUGUGCAUCUAGACUGGUCGAAUAUGUAUUUAUUGAAGACUAAUUCAAUCCAAAUCAUCAUUUGUCAAGAAAAUAAGAAAGACAAGAGCGUGUGAAUGAGAAGGAGAGAGAAUGUCUUACCUAAAUGGCUAUCACUCCACCACUACUUGUUAAAAGUGUAAAGAUUUUAAGAUGUUAUGUCCCAAUAACAAUAGUGAAGGGUAACUUUGGGAUCUAUUUAUGAACCAAUAUUAGGCAUAUUUUUUUAUCGUAUAAUUGCAAAAUAAAUAAACUAUUCGUAUCCAUGUUCCUCUUAUCAUGAGCUUUAUCUUGAACUUUAAACUAUUAUUAAACGACUUACCAUUCUUGAGUUAUCCCUAGUCUAUUAAUUGCUGCCUCCCAUAUUCACAGCCACAUUUGGCUAAAUCUUGUACAAAUGUUAUUUUCUAUUUUAUGGGUACGAUGUGGCUGGGCUAGGUAGAAGCAGAACCGAUAACCACUCUAGACUGCUCGUACGGUUUUCGUGUGUCACUGUUCCAAUCGACAAUUCGCUGCUCUCUGAUUAGCGGUCUUAUCACGUCAUACAUUAACUGGGCAUCCACUCAGCCACAAGUUAUAAUAGAAGAUGUUAGGUCUUUCCCGCUAAAUAACUAUUUGUGUUCAAGUUAUCUGCUAAUUUGUUCAUACAAACCAAAGUGUAUCUUUUUCACAAUAACAGGUACGUACUUUAUCCCAGUCGUUAAACUGAAAAUCUUGCUUCGCAUAUCCAUCAGUUGACAUUAGAUUUCGUGCUGGUUGUGGAUAUAACUCUAUAUGACAGUCUAAUGGAGUUACUAUUUCACGUAGAGAAUGAAAAAAAUCAAAGUAUUAAGGAAUUAUUUUGAAUCUGGAUGAGGAGAUUUACAAGGCGUAGAAACCGGAGGGAUACAGGUUCCCAAGUGUAACUACAGAAUGUCUACAGUUCUUUUGUGGAAGAUCUAGUAGAGGGGUAGCAUAUUGGCCUUAACCAACUUACUAUAACCCCGCUUCUCCAAACAUAUGAAAAUUCAUUGACGCUCUACAAGAGGAAUAGAACCAGAAUAAACUGGAUAUCAAACUGUUCGUUGCAGGAAUUCGGAAGUAGUAUGUAAAGAGGUUUAACGAGUUAGCAACGCACAUCAAAUUGGUUGUAGAAGAUUACAGAUAGUAGAUCGAUAUUAUGCUAUUUAUACGAAAUAGCACACUAUUUGAAUUUACACAAUUAGAUAUAUCAAACUGUUUCAUCAAAGUGGAAUGUACAUCUACAUUACGUUGGUCCGCGUGGUUUUGCGCGCGCCCUUAUUUUAGUAAACUUGCUCUACAAAUUUCAGAGUAUGUCAGUACGCGACACAGAUGCUGCUUGGAAAGACAUACGAACAGCUGUGGAAACAGCAG